ACAACAGAAACAGCAUCCACCUUAAAACCUGAAUAUGCCAUUGUCAUUCAUGGUGGUGCUGGAACAAUUGAGAAAAAAGACAUGGAUGCCGCAACGGAAAAACUGUAUCUCGAUGCACUCAAUGAAGCACUAAAUAUAGGAGAAACCAUCCUAAAAAAUGCUAAUUGUGGACUUGAAAUAGUAGAUCCUUCCUAUUUUCACACUGAGAAAAGAUGGAAUAGCCUUCAAAAAAUACUGAAAGAAGAUGAACAAAAAACAGAACUCUCAGAAGAUGAAAAAGGAAAUAAAAAACAUGGCACAGUAGGAUGUGUGGCAUUGGAUAAAGCUGGCAAUAUUGUAGCAGGUACAUCUACAGGUGGUAUGACCAAUAAAAGAUUUAAUAGAUUGGGAGACGCUCCUAUCAUCGGUGCCGGCACUUAUGCAGACAAUAAUACUUGUGGUGUUUCAUGUACCGGUCAUGGUGAGUAUUUUAUAAGAUAUACUGUAGCAAGAGACAUUGCAGCAUUGAUGGAAUACAAAGGCGUAAGUCUAAAAGAAGCAUGCCAAUAUAUCAUUUAUGAGAAACUAGUACAAAAAGGAGGUGAAGGUGGUCUAGUUGCGAUCGACAAAGAUGGAAACAUCGAAAUGCCGUUUAAUUCUUCAGGUAUGUAUCGUGGUUUUGCAAAGGAUGGAAAAAGAGAAGUUAAAAUAUAUAAAGACUGA